AUGAAAGCAAAAAAUGUGCUAGUGGUUGUUACACGUUGGUACGGUGGUAUCCAUCUUGGCCCGGAUCGAUUUCGUCACAUAUGCAAUAUUGCACGUCAAGCUUUGGUCGAUAAUGGCUUUUCUGGUGUGAGAAUAUUAAUUAGCACUAUGAUAGUGUGUCAUCGUCGCCGUACUAGCUGGAGGCAUAGUCUCAGCGAACAUAAGUAA